AUGGUCUCGCAUACGAACCGCCUCUACCUUCGUCGCCUCCUACGCUCACGCUUUCCCAAGAUAGUCUUCAUCCUCGUCGUCAUAAUCAACGUUCUCGAUGUCCUUCGAAUCCAUAGGAACCUCCUCGAUGCCGAUCGCACACCAGCCCCGAAGCUCUCGCAGCCUCCCGGGCGCAUCUAUAUCGCAAGCAUGCACUUCAACAACGAGCGCGUAAUCAGGGAUCACUGGGGUCCUGCGGUGAUAGAACUUGCAAAGCUUUUCGGGCGAGAGAAUGUCUUUGUUAGUGUGUUUGAGAGCGGGAGCUGGGACAAUACUAAAAGGGAGCUGCAUCACAUGGAUCAGGAGCUCGAGAGACUAGGAGUUCCCCAUCGUGUGGAGAUGUCGGAUGUCACGCAUAAAGAUGAGAUUGAGAAUCCAAAUAAGGGAGAAGGCUGGAUCGACACACCUAGGGGGAAGCGCGAGUUGAGACGGAUACCGUUUCUCGCAAAGCUGAGAAACAGGACGUUACAGGACUUGAUAGACCUAUCCAAGAAAGGACAGCAUUUCGACAAGGUUCUCUUUCUCAACGAUGUCGUCUUCACGACAGACGAUGUGCUCAAGCUCCUCGGCACGAACGGCGGUGACUACGCUGCAGCUUGCUCGCUUGAUUUCUCGAAACCGCCACAGUACUAUGAUACAUUUGCACUGAGGGAUACAAAUGGACAGGCGCAUGCGAUGCCUACCUGGCCGUAUUUCAAGAGCAGUGUUUCGAGGAAUGCUCUUGUUAAUCACUUGGAUGCUGUGCCUGUUGCAAGCUGCUGGAAUGGAAUUGGCUGUGAAUGCUGCCUUAUCCACGCCGACAACCCCCUCUCCAAAACCAGAGGUGUAUACCUCAAUCCUCAUGUCCGCGUGGGCUAUAACCUACGCGCAUACCAAGCCGUGCAUCCCGAACAAGGCGCAUGGGUGUCAACAUGGCAGAUCUUCGCCGGUCUCUGGAUCAACCGCAUAAUGCGAUGGGUAUCAUCACCGUUUGACGCAUGGGUGGUCAGGGGACGUGUUGCGGAGUGGGAGAAAUUAGGGGGGAGAGAACCGGGCGAGUUUUGCCUGAUUAACGAGAUGCAGGUUCUUGUUGAACGAGGUUGGGCACAUGUUUAG